AUGUGGCCCGUCGGUGCUCUUGUUGCUAGCAGCGCUGCUCGUGGCAGCCUCGAUUACGGUGGACACACGAGCUGGGCGGUUCCUGUCGGUCUCCAGGCUAUGUUCCCCGGCAUCAUCUGUCUCGCAGUCCUGUUCCUGCCGGAGUCUCCUCGUUGGUUGUAUACCAACAACAAGCGCCAGGAGGCCAAGAACGUGCUGAGCAGACUUCACGCACAGGGCAACGCUGAGAGCGAGUGGGUCAAGCUGCAACUCAACGAGUACGAAGAGUUCCUCGAGCUGGAGGGCUCCGACAAGAAAUGGUGGGAUUACCGCGCGCUGUUCCGCAACAGGGCCUCCUUCUACCGGCUCACCUGCAACUGCCUUGUCUCGUGCUUUGGCCAGUGGGCGGGUAACGGUAUCGUCUCGUACUUCCUCAGCGCUUUUCUUGAUACGGCCGGCAUCCGGGGCGAAGCGACGCAGAUGAACGUCCAGAUGGGCAUGAACGCGAUUCAGAUUGUCUUUGCGGCUGCGGGCGCCUCCAUCGUCGACGGAGUCGGCCGUCGUCCCAUGCUCAUCGUCGUCAACAUCGUGUGCGGCCUGUGCUGGAUCGGCGUCAUUGUCCCUGCGUCCAUUGCCAACAUUGUCGACAAGGACGACAAGGCGGCCCAGGCCGCCAUUGACCCGAACGUGUCCCGCGCCAUGCUGGCGUGGGUCUACAUCUUCCAGAUUUGCUACUCCGCUGGUUGGACCCCCAUGCAGGCGCUCUACCCUGUUGAGGUCCUUAGUUACGAGAUCCGUGCCAAGGGCAUGGCUUUCAGUGGCCUCUUUACCAAUUUUGCCCUUCUCUCUAACCAGCUUGGUGUUCCCGUCGCUCUGAAGGACAUUCAAUGGAGAACCUAUAUUGUCUUCUGCGUUUGGUGCUUUAUUCAGGCGGGUAUCCUUUACUUCCUGGUUCCCGAGACCAAGAACCGCACCCUUGAGGAGCUCGAUAUCAUCUUCGCCGCCCCCAACCCCGUCAAAGCUUCCACGGCCAAGAAACUCUACGAAGUUGACGCGGACGCCAACAUCCUCCACGUCGACGAGGCCGCGCCCAGAGUCAGCGCAAUUUAA